AAGUUCCAGAGCUCUUGUUUACAUCAUAUUUCAAACUCCAAAAAUAAAGAACGAACAAACCCUAAAAAGAUGGCUAAUUUUUAUCUCCAACUUUACACCACAAUCCUCCUUAUGUUCUCUAUUUCCAUGGUUUCUUCAGCCACAACCGCCAACAACGUAGACUCCCUUGUCCUAGAUAUCGAAGGGAACCCACUCGAAGUAGGUUCAUUUUACUACGUCCGUACUCCCCAGUCAACAUUUAGAUGGGGAGGUGGCAUAGUCGCGGCAUCCAAACCAAACCAACCCGAAUGCCCUCAAUACGUAGCCCAAUUAGGCGAAGGCUGGUACCGCGAAUCCCCAAUAAAGUUCCUCCCAUCAGACCCAUCACAUAAACAUGUCCACAUUUCCUCAGACGUCAACGUAGUCUUCAACAACUCAUUUAGUGCCUGCUCGCAAGGGGCAUGGCAACUUACCCCCGAUGCCAACUCCGGUGAUCUCUUCUUGUCUACCGGAGGUGGUAUUGGAAACCCGAGCCCUCAGACCGCCGCCAAUUGGUUCAAGAUAGAGAAAAGAAGAGGUGAUCCGGGGUUUUACCAACUCGAGUACUGUCCAUCAAGUAAUACGAUCGAUGCGUUUGCAACCAAGAAAGAUAUAGUAUGCGGGGCUAUCGAUGGUAGUAUUGAUAAUCUCACAGAUGACCACCGUAUGAUUUGGUUAAGUCUAUUUCCAAUAAGGCCAGAUGAUUAUUUCAGUACUGGCCUAAUGUUUUUUUUCAUUAAAGCUUAAUUGCCGCGGCGUCUUCCUCGCUCCAAAGUGCAUUACUACGCAUGUACUCAUCAUUAUAUAUAAUGUUCUUGAUUAAGAAGGUUUUAUGAAGAACAAUAAUGUACGACAUGUUAUCGUUAUAAAUAUCUUACUAGCUCCAACGUACUUUAUAAAUAAGCUAAUUCAAGGUGUUUGAUGGGAAGCUUAUUUAAAGAGGUUAUUCUACUAAAUAAGCUCUUUUUCAAAAAGCUCAUUUUAGGGGCUUUUUUAAUUAGUUUA